AUGGGUCUGUCUAAAAGGUUGUUUAGAUAUCUUUACUAUGGUCUAGAGCAGAGCAAGCUUUCAAGUGUUGAGCAAUCUAGGUUUGCUGAUAAAAGCGAUAAAGAAAUCUUGGAUGCUUUAGUAGGACCAGACAGUCAGUACGACAAAAGAACUAGACCUUCUUCAAUGACAAAGAUUCAAGUAAAUGUCUUACUGCAUUCUCUUUCUUCUCCGGAUGAAUCCAGUUUGAAUUAUGAAGUCGAGUUCCUCAUGUAUCGAAGAUGGGAGGAUCCGCGACUCAAGUACCAAGAUGAUGGUCGCCACAAGUAUUUGAACGGGAUGAGCCACGUAAAUGACGUUUGGCUUCCUAAUACAUACAUCGUGAAGCAUGGGAGCUUGAAGGAGCCGCUAGUUGAUGUCAGCCUCAGGGUGUAUGAUAAUGGAUCAGUUGUUCAUAUAAUGAGGAGAGGAAUUUCUAUCAAUUGCCAAGGAAAUUUGAAAAUAUUUCCAUUCGAUAAUCCAAAAUGUCCGUUUGCAAUUGAAAGUGUGGCUUUAGAGGAAGAUGAAAUGCAAUUAGUUUGGUCGACUGUCGAGUCUCCCUUGAGAACCGCCACAUCACUACAGUCAUUCAAUGCAUACCUAAUUUAUUCAGAAAUCGGUGAAUGUGGAGAAAUGUUUACUUGGAGAGGUAACUACAGCUGCUUGCAUAUCUUACUUGUGUUUACACGGGACAAAAACUUCUACUUCAGUACAGUGUUUGUGCCUGGAAUUAUUCUUGUUGCAAGUGCAUUCAUAAGCUUUUGGUUGGACAAAGGAGUUGUUCCUGCAAGAGUCAUGAUUGGUGUAACCACGAUGCUCAGCUUUUGCACAACAACCAAUAAUUUCCGAUCUUCUUUACCAGUUGUUUCCAAUUUGACUGCCAUGAAUUUGUGGGAUGGUGUUUGCAUGUUUUUUAUUUACAGUUCUCUUCUUGAAUUUGUGAUAGUUAAUUAUUUAUACAGAAAACCUUUGUACGAAACCCAAGAUUCCACGCCAUUUUUAUGCUCUAGAUGUAAAAAGCUUAGUAGAUCACAAGUGGGUGAUGAAGCAAGUAAUGAACUCAGACAGAAAGAAAAGGAUGAUGAAGCGGGUGAGAAAUCCACAGAAAAGUCAAGAUUUGCUUGGAUACGAGUCUCCGCUGCAGACAGGAUGACAAAAAUGACAUCUAAAGAACUUUCCUUUAAAAUAGAAAGUUUAGCUAAAAUACUUUUCCCCAGUAGUUUUUCCAUUUUUGUGCUGGUAUAUUUCAUUGUUUUUGCAGCAAUUUUACCUCAAGGACACGACAACUGGGCUAUACAAUCAGUAUCAAUUGAUGCCCUCAAUGUUCUCACCGGUAUUCCUCCUCUCCACAUCCAUUUGAAAUACACCGCUAUCACUUUCAAAACUAAAAGACUCCGCAUCAACUCAGUUUUGAACGACCAUACCAUUCAAGCUGAUGAUUACGAAUUAACUUCAAGGAAUCAACAUAACUACAACAGCAAUCUUCACCAAUUUAUUCUUCCGCUCACUAUCACUGAAUCAAAUGAUGAUUCUACUAUUAAUGUUUAUACGGAUGGUUCCAAGACAGAUGCAGACAUGAAAUACUCAAAAAAGUACUGUUCAAGAGAUUGUCAUCUGCAGGUGUGGAAAGUGCAUGAAACUGGUGACAAGAAUCUCAGCAAACAUUCGGAGGUAUCAACAAUUCCCUUGCCAUCCUACAGUCCUGUGUUCACUUCAUAA